GACUAUCACCCCCCCGGAAGUGAUGCGGUAGAGGCUGAGCCCUGGCUGGGGGAGCUGUGCGGAGGGUGAGUGAAUUGGACCGUCUCUCUUCCCGUCCGUCUCGGGGCUGGGCAGCGGAGCCUCCCGUUCCACCCCCGCCCCCUCAGCCGUCUCCAAGGCCCCGCUCGAGCUCCUCAGGCCGCCUCCCCCCUUCCCUUGGGCGGUCUUUCGACCCUUCGGGUGCGAGGAAGGAAGGGGGCAGAGGCAGGCAUGCUCUCCCCCCACAGGGGGUAGCUGUCGCGAGGCAUGAGGCCCCCCAAGAAGAAGGGGGGGUAGAAGAGCCAGGAGGGAGGGGGAGAGACGCCUUCCUCCUCCCCUCCCCACCCCACCAAGGGGGGUGGUCUCCCUCUUCCCCACCCCCAGAAGCCCGCAGCUCAGCCGCCUCCUCUUUUCUCAGAAGCAUUCCAUGGAGAGGCCAGGACGUCUGGGAGCAGAGCGGAAGUAAGCAGGACAUUGCCCUCCUGCAACCUUGAGGAUACCAUGUUGGCUGAUUCUCAUUGAUGGUAUGUUGAGGGCUGCUGAAGAUCAGUGGAGUGGGUUCAUGAUAGCCAGGGGACCGCUCUAACAGCUGGGGGCACACCAAUAUGGGCCAGUGUGUCACCAAGUGCAAGAAUCCUUCUUCCACCCUUGGCAGCAAAAAUGGCGACCGGGAGUCAAGUAGCAAGACUCAUGGCAAACGAAGCACGAUCCACAAAGAAGAGCACAGCACAGUUUGCGGGAAGUCCUCUGGGGACAUCCUCAUCAAUGGGACAAAGAAGAUGGAGGCCGCUGUAGAAUCCAGUCAGCCACCGGCUUCCUCUGGGGAUGCCAAGAAAGAGCCAGUGUCUGGCACAGAGGAAUCCUCCCUCCAUAGGACUGAGGAAUUAUUUAGGAGAUACAAGGAUGAGCGGGAAGAUGCCAUCUUAGAGGAAGGCAUGGAACGUUUUUGCAAUGACCUCUGUGUUGACCCUACUGAGUUCAAAGUGCUGGUUCUUGCGUGGAAGUUCCAAGCAGCUACCAUGUGCAAAUUCACAAGGACAGAGUUCUUCGAUGGCUGCAAAGCAAUACAUGCAGACAGCAUUGAGGGGAUUUGCGCUCGAUUCCCCAGCCUCUUGAAUGAAGCCAAACAGGAGGAGAAAUUCAAGGAUCUCUACCGUUUCACUUUCCAGUUUGGCCUGGACUCCGAAGAGGGACAGAGGUCACUGCACCGAGAAAUAGCCAUUGCCCUUUGGAAGCUAGUCUUCACACAGAACAAGCCCCCAAUCUUGGACCAGUGGUUACACUUCUUAAAUGAGAACCCCUCAGGAAUCAAGGGAAUUUCCCGGGACACAUGGAACAUGUUCCUCAAUUUUACUCAGGUCAUUGGGCCAGACCUUAGCAAUUACAGUGAAGAUGAGGCUUGGCCCAGUCUCUUCGACACCUUUGUGGAAUGGGAAAUGGAGCGGCGGAAGAAGGAAGAGGAGGAGGACAAAUGCAUGGCGGCUUCACAGACAGACAGCUUCAGUGCCGAGCACCCAACUUAGCGGCCACAGACAUGAUGGCUGCCUCCCCAAUUAACCCUUCAUCAUUUGUAAGCUGUGGACUCCUCUGGAAUUUACAGACGCUCCAGAUUUUUCUACUUUACACCUUUCUCUGCCUUGUUACCUGAAAGGGCUCUAAAAUACCAGAUCCAUAUUUUAGGCACUUUCAUUUUUUAAAAAAAAAUGUUUUGGGUUAUUCCUGUUGUUCUUUUCCUGGAAUGUUUGAUCCCCCGUUUGCAAGUUAAAACAAUUAUUUUCUCUUUAAAAAAAAAAAAAAGGUUUCAGAUUUUGGAAUAAUUAUGUCUUGAUCUUGGUUGCACAACUUUAAAAAAAAACACAACCUUUUUUUUGGUGAGGUUUAAAUUAACAUUGCUAAAUUAUACAGUGCCAGAUUGAUGUCCUGCGACAUUUUUUUUUUCAGGGCAGGUUUAUACUGUGUGUAUUACUGUUUACAUUGAAUUUUUUUUUUAAUUUUAAAGUUGUGAUUAAUUUUAAGAUGUAUACCAUGAGUUAAUAACAGUGUUAACUGUUAACUACAAACGCAUUAAUUCCCUGGUAAAUAAGACUCUGAAAGCCAAUGAAAGCAGCAUUUUCCUUUUGUGUCGCCUGGUCAGCCUCUUUUAAGUCAGCCCUUCCUUUUAAUGAGAUGAUGGGUGAAAAAAAAAUGCACUGUGCCUGCCAUCCAGCAGAGCUUUCAACAACCUUUUUGUAGCAUCAGUCCUGAGAUGACAUGAUUUACCUGCUCCCAUGACGAGAGCUGCUUUCACUUUCCUGUGCCCCAGAGCUCCCUCCCCUGCCCAGCUGCCCCAGUCAGGUAUAACUUGAGGCCAUUUUGCCUACUUUCAACACCAAGCUCCUCCUACUCCGCUGGGCAUCUCAUCAUGCACUGUAACUGGGUGGGGCCUUUCUCCUUGGCAGUGGUUAGGCUAACCGCAGCUCCUUAGAAGGCAUGCGGAGGGAUCCCCCCUUCCCAUUCCUCUCUCCCUAGAGCUAAAAGAAAUGGUGGUCAUUAGGGAUCUCCCGCCAGUUUUGCAAGCCCGCUAUUGGCGAGUCCUUCCUUUCUGCAAGAUGCAAGCAAAGAGCACUGCAACCCCCCCUCCCUUGUAGACACCAUUGAUUUUUCCAUGUUGAGUGUUUUUUCUUUUUAGAUCAGGGACCCUAGCUUACAUGGCACUGUGGUGGAAAAAUUUUUGACCUGACUCCAAAAGCCAAAGGCAAAUUAUUUUCUAAGGUUUUACUUAAUCUUGAGAGAAGUGACCAUUUUUUUAUCCCUCUCUGGAGGGAACGAAAAACCUCCCUGAACUUGGGCUUUCAUUUCUAUAUAUUUUGGAUUUAAAAUGUCACCUUAUUUGGCUGAUGAGUAUAUUGCAUCAGAGUUGGGACUAGCUCUCUAAUGUUUUGUCUUUCCUCCCCUCAUUUCCCAAGUCUGAAUUGCUAAGUCAUAGCUGCAAUCAUCCUAUUUUCCCCUGCCCCCUCCCCACAAGGAAAUUUGCAACUGCUAAUCCUGACCUGAAUUCAACCACCACAUCUCAUUUUAUAGCACAGCAAUGCAGUGAUGUGAGCUUUCUGCUUUUCAGACAGCUGUUGAGAGGCCCAAAGCUUUUUGGGUCAAAAACAGGUAACAUAGCUUAUUUUACCUUUUAAAAAAUAGCAAACAGCCAGCAUCUUGUUUUGGGCUGACUUAAACAAUGUUUCCAUAGGAUUGAAUUUUUAAAAACUGUACUGGGAACUGUUGGCGUGCUUAAAACUGUUGUGACCUUUAAAAAAAGGGAGUUUUAUUAACACUGGCUGAAUGAACUGACUUUUUUUUUCUCCUAACGUCACCAUUUUAAAAACCUUUGCUAAAAGGGAUAAUUGCUGAGGCUUUCUUUGGAAAUGAGCCUGACCUCCAUGCUACAUUUUCUUAAAGUGUAAAACUUUAUUUGCAGGCUUGCAAUGAAGGCUCAAUCUCUCGUUUUUUGAUGAGCUGAUGGCUUAGAUGAGCCGCCUUCUGAAUCUGCCUACAAUCCUGUCGUAUUCUGAGGAGGGGACAGGAGCUUUUAAGGAGUUUCACAUCCGCGGCAACAGCCUGUUCUGUCUGCUGUGUUGGCUGAGCAGGUGCUGCUACAGGCCUGUUUCUGCUGCAGCCUAAUCCUGCCAACGGGCUGAGCGCACAAGCUUGGAUCCUGUGCUGCCGUGUAGCUCUUUUGUGCAGGGUGAUGAGGCAGCAAAAGUGGCACUGCCCAUCUGUAGCCUUUUGGUUCCCACUAGAGUUUACACAGGUUUUUGUAGGGGGUUGUGUUCUCCACCCACCUGCCCCACAUGGGGUGAGUUCCAUCAAUACGGUCCAGCUCGUCUACAUUUUAGUCACUAACAACGGUGGGGUGGAUAUAAAAUUUAUGAAAAAAAAAAUACUUGAAAUUCACAUCUCUUGCUUGUCAGCAGCAGGGGUUUGACAUUGAUUUUGUUGGUUUCUGUUACUAUCAAGUGCGUUGAGACACCUUUUUCAAAAUUGUGCAAAUGCUCCCGGUUUUUAUGCAGCGGGUGACUCCUGGGACCCUGCUCUGGAGUCCCUCCGAGAAGUUUGUUCUUUCAUGUUAAGGCUGCAUGUGCAUUCUGUUGAUGUCAUUUUAUUUUGGCUAAUUACAAAGGAAGUUUUGUGCCUAAAAUGGGAGUUGGGGGGGACUUUGUCUUGUGUUAACUAGGUCCCAAAGGCCCUGAACCGUCUUGCUUGACUUUGCAAAAUAUUUAACCACAUGCUUGAAGGUUCAGCCCUGAGGACUUGAGAAACAAGCCUUGGUUAUUAAACACAUAAAUGAAUUUACAGCAA